GAGCACUCAUUUCGCCCAUUCCUAAAAGAAAUCAUUCAAUUUUGAAAAACUUGGAUGAAACCAUGAAAAAUGGCCAAGAAUAAGUCGACUGUGUACCUAGGAUACGAGGAUGAGGAGGUUACGGCCAAGCAGGAGCAGUUCCUGAACAGUUGCACCAACAAAAUCGGCGGCACACCCGAUUGGCCCAGACACGAGGUGACCAUUCCGUCAUGCCCGCUGUGCGGUGCAGUGCGUCCGCUGAUCGUGCAAAUGUAUGCGCCGCUGGAUCGCUCCCAAUUCCAUCGCAGCCUUUACGUUUUUGGAUGCAUGAGCCCCGCCUGCUCUCAGAAUUCAAUGAGCUGGUGUUGUGUUCGCACCCAGCACCUGGACCACCAAUACGAGGUGAUCAGUGAGCACUCGCCGAAGGCAACGCCCACUAAGAAGCAGAACUCUAAAAAGAAGGGAAAGUCGAGCGGAUUGCAGGCUAUCAGCUGGUGUAGUGGAGCGGACGAUUGGGGCGACAGCAGUGGUGGAGCUACCGAACCGGCCAAGACCAUAUCCGUGACAUUGGACGAGGCGAUGGACAUUACCGCGGACGACGAGCAGAACGAACGAAAUGGCAAUGUGCGACCGAAUGCCCUGCAUUAUGCCAAGUCGGACAUCCAAAUGGAUGAACCAGCCAAGCUUGAGCAGGUAAAGAUUGCCGCCGAUGAUGACGACGACGAGGACGAGAGCACUUCGCUGGAGAACGACCUGAUCUUUGGCUUUCAUCAAAUGGACAUGAUUUCGCCCCAAAACGCCGACGAUGAUCCAAAUGCUAAUUGUGCAGCUGCCGCCGCUCCCAGUUUGGAUGGAGCAGGAGCCAGUGCCGCCUCAGCGGCCAUUGGUGCUGAGAUCGAGGGCCCCGAAACGGAUCUGGUGCUGGUCGACACGCCUAAGAAGCCGGAACGCGACCUGAUUGCCUUGUUGAAGCACACCUCCAGUGCGUUGUCGCAGAUCAAGGACCUAACGCUAAAGUCCUACUACAUUGCCGUCGAUGUGGAGAGCAAGACCCAGGUGGAGGAGUACGAAAACUUUGGAGGCGCUUUGUCCAUAGACCACAUUCGUGAUUUGUAUCAGGAGUACAAGCUGAGAGACGAGAAUGCGGGUCAGUCACCAAACGGUGGUGCAUCUGGAUCAGCAGAGCAGAGCGAUGAGCACGAGUCCUAUGAGAAGGCAUUACCAGCCCAUGGCGACUUGGUGUUUCACAACUUUAUUACUACCAUCCAUCAGAAUCCGGGCCAGCUGUUGAGAUAUUCUCGGGAUGCGCUUCCGCUGUUGGUGGCCCCGUUGACGGAACCUCUGCCCAAGUGUCAGAAUUGCAAGGGAGAGACCAUCUGCGAGGUGCAGCUGCUGCCCACACUGAUUCCCAAGCUGCGGUUUCAGGUGAACGGUUCCAAUGCACCAAUCGAGUUUGGCAACGUGCUGGUCUUCACCUGCCUCAAGAGCUGCUGGGACACACCCGACCUGAUGCGCUACGAACAUAUUGUGGUUCAGUCUGAAACUUAAGGUGGCAUACACGGCCAUAUCCCAAAGCCAUUAGAGUCAUUCGCUGUAGCUGCUACGGUUGCAGACUGGUGCAACGAAUUUUAAACGCAAACUGCAGAGAUAAAGCUAAGCUUCUCGAUUGUCCUAGGAAGAUUUUAUGCUCUAGUUGUUAAGAACGUUGUAAGCUUUUAGACACUCCAAAAAGGAUAGUUGCUAAUAAUAUCUCGUUAUUUCCACUCCCCCUCUAAAAGGGUUUCAGAA